AUGCUUAUUGCAUGGCGUACGGCGGUUUCUUUUUUUUGUCUGAAUGGGCGUGUCGUCAUCGUGCACACCCCCUUUUGCGCCGGCGGGGUGCUUGGCGGUGGGGACGGUGACGUUAUUGCAGCAAAAAGAGGACGUCUAAGUUGUGAAAUAAAUAGCCUCUUUUUUUUUUUUUGUUUUGUGUUGAGACAAACGGGAUGCGUAGUGGUUAGGGGAGGGCUUGUUUACUUCGGUGGAAGGACAACCUCUGUGGGAAACAAGUCAAAACAGCAGGAGGAGGAGGGAAAGGCAAAAGGACGGAUGCAGCCCGCGAAGGUUCGUGUUGAGGAAAAAGAUCAGGACCCGCUGGAGUGUGUUCUGCGAUUGCCUCUUCGAGCUGCGGAACCCGCGCAAAUCAUGAUACAGGUGCUGCGCGUGGAACCGCCCGUGCCCGGGACGUCAAGGGAGGUUCAGCUUUGGGCGGAUGAUAGCACACGGUCUACAGUCUACGUCAAAAUAGAGGCGUCACAGGAACGUUCACUACGCGCGGCAGUAGGAGCACUGUUGGAGCAGGUCAAACUUAUUUUGAGGACGAUGGACGCAUUCCCUGUCAUUGCACGCCACAAUGCGUAG